AUGGACGCAUUACGCGCGUGCUUGAUUGUGUUCGUUUUGACGGCAACCAUCAUUGUUCCACGUCAAUUUCAGCUCGAAGCAGUUCUUGCAACUUUGAACGGUCAAGAUAGUGUGAUUACUGCAGGAACAGGCAGUGGGAAGACUUUAUGCAUCAUUAUUCCCAUUCUGCUCCGCCCUGGCACCAUUAGCAUGACUAUCUCACCACUCAAAUGUCUGCAGGCCACCCAGGUUCUCAAAUCGACAAAAUAUGGCAUUCCUACGAUCUCGAUCAAUGAGGACACUGCAGCAGAUCCAGCUCUCUGGGAGUCAAUUCGCGUAGGAAAAUUUACUCACCUCAUUGUUUCACCGGAACAACUAUCAAUGUUCAAUGGUCACCUUCCACGCCUCACACGGCUCCUGCGACAGGAUCAGACCUUCACUCGACGCAUUAAACAUGUGCUUGACAGCGAAAUCGAGCUGUGA